GUGACUACCGUAGAAUAAUUAUGAAUUCUUUGAUUUGAGAAAAAUUUUCCAGAAUUCAUUCAAGUCUCAACUUUGAUCCAGAAUUUUUUUCUUUCUGUAAAGUUUCCUUUUCAUAAAAUUUCCCAACAAAAUGAUUCUCAACGAUAAAGAUUUACAUUUAUUUAAUCAUCACCAGCAACAGCAACAGCAAAAAAUUGAUUCAACACAGCAAUCAAUGAUAAGAUCUUCACCACCACCAUCAUCACCAAUUAAUACAACAACAACAACAACAAUGACAUCAACAACAACAACAAAUCAUAAUCAUCAUAAUAAUGAUUCAAAUAGUAGUAAUACAAGCAGUAGUAAUCAUAAUAAUAAUGUUAAUGUUACUGGUGGUGAUAGAUGUAAAGAUUUAGAUCUUAAAAUCGAAUUUGAUGGUACAACAGUUUUAUGUCGUGUUUGUGGUGAUAAAGCAAGCGGUUUUCAUUAUGGUGUACAUUCUUGUGAAGGAUGCAAGGGAUUUUUCCGUCGUUCCAUACAACAAAAAAUACAAUAUCGACCAUGUACAAAAAAUCAACAAUGUUCAAUAUUACGUAUUAAUCGUAAUCGUUGUCAAUAUUGUCGUUUGAAAAAAUGUAUUGCUGUUGGUAUGUCACGUGAUGCCGUACGAUUUGGUCGUGUACCGAAACGUGAAAAAGCCAAAAUAUUGGCUGCAAUGCAAAAAGUAAAUGCACAUUCAUUGGAAAAAGCAUUAUCAUUGCUGUUGGAAGAUGAACAAAACCUAAUGCAAUCAAUUAUACGUGCACAUGAUGAAACAUGUGAUUAUACAAAAGAAAAAGUUAUACCAUUAUUAGAUCAGGCAAGAUCAAGACCAAUUUAUGCCCAAUGUCCACAAAUGACUUGUCCAUUAAAUCCAUUACCAGCACAGAAUCAAAUUGAUUCGAAUCGUUUGAUGGAAGAUUUUAGUGAACGUUUUUCACCAGCCAUACAUGGUGUUGUUGAAUUUGCUAAACGUAUACCCGGUUUUAGUUUAUUAGCACAAGAAGAUCAAGUUACAUUGCUUAAGGCUGGUGUAUUUGAAGUUUUAUUAGUACGUUUAGCAUGUAUGUUUGAUUCACAAACAAAUUCAAUGAUUUGUUUAAAUGGUUUAUCAUUAAGACGUGAUUCAUUACAUUCAGCAUCGAAUGCAAGAUUUUUAUUAGAUUCAAUGUUUGAAUUUGCUGAACGUUUAAAUUCAUUACGUUUAACUGAUAAUGAAUUAGGUUUAUUCUGUGCUGUUGUUGUUAUUGCACCUGAUCGUCCUGGUCUGCGAAACAUUGAUUUAGUACAAAAAAUUAAUAAACGUUUAGAAGAAAUUCUACAAAAAGCUAUUGCUACAAAUCAUCAUCAACAGAAUUUAUCAACAACAGAAUCGGCAGUAGCUGCUGCUGCUCAAGCAGCAAAUCAAUUAUUUCAAGAAUUGAUUCGAAAAAUUCCCGAUCUUCGUACAUUGAAUGCAUUACAUUCGGAUAAAUUAUUGGGUAAAAGUUUUGGUGGUCUUGAACAACCGCAACAACAAUCAAUGAAUAGUGCGGUAACCUGUCCUCGAAUGAAUCUUGAUAUUACUACGUCGACGACGACGGCAAUCCAUAACCAUCAACAACAACAACAACAACCAGAUAGUCAAUCAAAUGAAUCUCCUGAUCGUUCAUGGUCAUCAUCAUCAACCACAUCAACAUCAACGAUAAUGGGACAUUAUUCACCAACAACAUCAAUUGUUGAUGGUGAACAUAAUCAUAAUCAUGUUACAAAUCACCUCAAUCAUAAUCACCUCAAUAAUCAUCAUGAUCUUUGGAUGGAUUCUGUAAAAGAUUCUGUUGGUACUACCACUACUACAAAUACCGCUACUAAUAAUAAUAAUAAUAAUAAUGGAUCAAAUAAUGGUCAACAAUGUUUUGGUUCACCACGUUCAAUAUCAUCCGGUUUAUCAUCAUCGGAUGAUAAUACAUCAUCAACAUCAUCAAGUAAUGGACGUAAAGGAUCGAUCUCAUCAUCAUCAACAUCAUCAACAUUAUCAACAUUAUCAUCGACAAAAUUGGCCAACCACCACCAUAAUAAUAAUUAUAGCUGCUAUCGAACAUCACCAUCUUCAAUGAUAAUGAUUGAAGAUGAUCCUACUACAACAACAACUAAUGCUAAUGCUACUACUACAAAAAAUACCGCAUAUAGUCAUCAUAAUCAUCAUAUUGGUCGUAUUGAUUCACCAAAUGAUUCAGGAAUUGAAUCCGGUAAAGAAACAAUCAAUAGUAGUAAUAAUGGUGUUAAUGAUAUUAUUUUAACACCACCAUCAAUAUCAAGUGUUUGUUCUAGUCCACAAUCAUUGAUUGAUGAUACGAUUACCAAAGAUAAUCAUUCAAAUCAUAAUCACCAUAAUCAUUGUACAUCAUCAGAUUCAGAACCAGGAAUUGGAAUUGAAAAACAAGAAGAAUCAAUUGAUGAUAUGCCUGUAUUGAAAAGAGCAUUACAAGCACCACCAUUAGUUAAUACAAAUAAACUGAUGGAUGAAGCAUAUCGUCAUCAUAAAAAAUUUCGUGCUGCAGCUAGAAAUAGUAAUAGUAACAGUAAUAACAAUAAUAGUAACGGUUUACGAUGUAAUCAAUCAGAAGAACCACAUAGUCCAUCAACAACAACAACAACUUCUUCUUUAACGGUGAAUCGUACCGGUGUUAUUACUUCACAUUCGUCAUCGUUAGCGUCAUCGCUAUCACCAUUAUCAACAACGACGACUAAAACAACAUUACAAUCAAAACAUUCAACAUUAUUAAAAACAUUAGAACAACCAUCACGUUAUUUAAAUGAACAACAAUUAAAACGUACCGAUCUCAUACAUAAUAUUAUUAUGAAUACUGAAACUGUACAAAUACCGGCAACAAUGGCACCAGUGCAACAACAACAACAACAACAAUCAUACCAUCCUAAUCCUCAUUCUCAUCCUAAUCAACAACAACAACAACAAUAUCCAUUGGAAACGCAUUUACUUGGAAUGCCGCAGCAGCAACCGCAACAAGUUACGGUCCUUUAUUCGACACAGAAUUCUGGUUAUCCUUAUCAUAAUGGUGGUAGUGGAUGUCCAUUCAGUUCGGAACAAAAUCGAAUUGUUUCAAAUUCAAGUCCAACAUUACAACAUUAUCAUCAACAACAACAAUCGAUAUAUCGAACAACACCACCAUCACCAUCGACAACAACAUACCAUAUUCCGGCAUCAAUAGUGGUACAAAAUGGUAGUUCACCGCCAUUAACAUCAUCGGUAGCUGCUGCUGCUGCUCAUUCAUCAUCAAGACCAUCAUCAUCAUUAUCAAAUCAUUCAUCAACAUCAUCAUCGAAUGGUUGUGUUGGUGGUGGUAGUAAUCGUCCAUUUUCACAUCUUCAACGAUGUUUAACUGGACAGAUUGCCCCGUUACAAGAACCUAUUUUAUUACAAACAGCAGCACAAACAAUUUUAUCAUCAUCGUCGUCGACGGAUGAUCAAAUGGAUGUUGAUGAUGAUGAUGAUCAAAUUGAUUGUCAACCGCUUAAUCUUUCCAAAAAACCAUCAUCAUCUUCAAGUUCUUCUUCAAAUUCUUCUACGUUGUCUUCCUCUUCCAAAACAUCGUUUGAUUUGAUACAUCGUUCAUCACCAACAACAACAAUCGUUGCAUCGUCCAUGAUCAAAAUUGAAGUUGAUCCACAAAAUGCUUAAUUUGUAAAUAAUAAUCAUAAUCAUCAUCGACAAACAAACAAACAAGAUGGACAACAAGUUGACCAAGUCUUUUUUUUCUAUAUUUGUUUCAACAACAAUACCCCAGUGCAAAUACAAAAUUUUUUCAAUUUUUUUUUUCAAAGUCCAAAAACAAUAUCGAUAGUCGAUACUAUCGAUAUUCAAAACUAUCGAUAGUUUGAAUCCAACCUCAUGCUCAUUAUCACCUUAUAUUUCUUAUGACAAAAAAAAAUUCUGGUUCAAAAAAAUUCUUUUUUUCCACGAAAAAAAAACUUUAUCUCAAACGAUUCUUAUUCUGAAAACGAAAAAAUAGUCAAAAACAAAAACAAAACGAAAUUCUCUUUGUUACGAACACACUGAACACACACACAU